UAACGGUUUUUUUUCUUUCAACAUUUACCCUGCUGAUGCUAUAACAAUACCUGCAACGUGUUUUUCCUUGGUAUUCAUUGUGAAAAGAGAGUUUUUUUAAAAAACUUAUACAUUUUAUCUUAGCGUGUAGACAGGUAUAUUACCUGCAACGAAACAAGUUUUUUCUUACAACUAAACGGUCCGUUUAAACUUACCGUGUAUUUUAGCCUUAAGAACUGGCUAAACAUAAAGUUGUUGUUGUGCUGUCAUUAUGAUGCAAGCUCUAUCACUUUAUGGUUCUCUCAAUACACUGCCCUCUCGAAUAAGCGCCCACCCUAAAUGUCAAAAUUUUAAGCGUCCGGGGCACUUAAUUGAGCAUUUAUGGUAUGUAACUUUGGUUUCUAGUUGACCAACUGGCUACUUAUUAUUUGACUACAAUAUUUUAUAUCAAACAAGAUAAUGCAUUUAUUAUAUUUUGAAAAAGAUCAACCAUUUUUUAUGUUUGCAAUUCAUUAGCAGCUAUUAGGAUUUUAAAGUAAAUAUCAACAUGCUAUGAUUAGGUUGAAAUAAAAAUGAUCUUUCAGGCGAAAAACCUUAAUUAUUCUUUCCUUAUAAAUUUUUUUCUGCAUUUUUAGUGUUUUUUGCUAAAUUUCGACUUAAAAGCCUCAAAUCUCCCAAAAAGCAAUCUGAUAUUACAUAUAGAUAUACACUUUUAAGGCAGUUAAUAUAUAAUGUAUAUAAUCUUUUAGGGACUUAAUUGUUUUUUUUUAUCUUUAUAUAUAUAUAUAUUUUUUCCCAUCAAAAUAUUUUUUUUAAAAAUAUUCAUAAUGUCUUCCUAUCAAAUGUUGCUAUGUUUUUUCAAUUUCUGAUGUUUUGUAAUUCUAAUUUUUAUUUCUAUUAUUUUAACCUCUUGGGUCUUUUUAUCACAAAGCCUUUCAAUAGAGCUUAUGAUUUUAUUUUAAUCCCAUGGGUCAUUUUGUCACAAAUCUUUAUUAUAGAACAGCUGUUGAAAUUCAUUGAAGGAAAUAUGAUAUUAAUAUUGAGUUAUAUAUCCUAAAAAUUCACAUUGGAGUGCAUCGUGCAUUGGAGAGUUGAUAUCAAUAAGUUAAUAAAGUAAUAUAUAAAACAGAAUCUGUUAAAUUUAUCAAAAUGACAGAGCAAACAAUAAAUACUCGGUCAAAGAAACCUAAUUUAAGCCAAAAGGAUAUUGCAUUAAAGUACUGUAAAUUAGGUGUUGACCAAAAUGGGUUCAUUAAGAAGUGGAUUCAUAUCGAUAUUGGUUAUGGUGUUUUUACUGAGCGUCCUUUUAAAAAGGGAGAUUUUUUGCUUGAGUAUGUUGGCACUUUUAUGUCAUAUGAAAAUGGUGAAAGGCAGUUUGAGGAAAAGAAAACUGGAGACUCAUUUUUCUACUUCUUUCAAGGAAACGAGAAAAAUGAUUGGCACUGUAUUGAUGGAUCAACUUCUAACCAAAAUGGAAAAUUUGUAAAUGACUCACUACAUGGAAAUUCUGUUAUGAGAAAGAUUAAUUGUAGCAAAAGCGAUAUUAGACUCUGCUUAUUUGCAUCAAAAGAUAUAUUGGAAGGAACGGAAUUAAGGUAUAAUUAUGGAGACGAUGAAGAUAUCUGGUGGAGGAAAGAGGGUUCAUUCAACAAACCACUUAAUAUUCAAGCGAUUGAAAAUAAUUCAUGUGAAAUGGAGUCGAAUGAUGAAUUAGAUGUAUUUCACUGGACUAAAUACAAGGACCUUCAAUCCGUACCAUGUGAAGUAGUAAAAGUUCUGGUUGAAAAGUGUGAAGAAACAUUAAAGGGGAUAUUUACUGGAAAGGAAUGGCGAAAACGAUGUGAUAUUUACAAACAAAGAGGCCGAGCUAGAGAAUCUCUUACAAAUGAUGUUCGUUUUGGUGCAUUUACAAAAGAGCAAAUUGAUGUGAUUGUAAAAACUUUGUUGAAGAUUUUUUGUCCAAAUAACAGUACAAAGAACUUUGAUUUCGUGUUUAAAGUUCUUUUGCCAGAGACCGUGACACUUAUAUACAGUCGUGUAAAUGAGAUAUCAGUGGAAGAGGCUGAAGAACAAGUUAGCAAUGUUGGAAUUUCUGUCUUAAAGGAAGAUAGUGAUUCCGAUGAUGGAUCAAAUAAAGAAAGUAAAGAACAUUCAGAAAACGAGUUUAGUCAUGAUGUUAACUGUUAUCCUCCAACAGAUGAUGAUGAUGUUUCUCACAAAGGAAAAAGUAUUCUACAAAAGCGUUUAAAGGCAGAAAUAUUUAUAGCUAAAAAGGAGAGAAAAGAUUUUUGUCUAGAAAAAGACGGAGACAGUAUUGGCGUAAGCACGAAAAAACAAGAUAAUGGUAACAAAAGGACUAAAUUAAAAUGCCUAAAGCAGGAUGGACGGAAGAAAAAGGUCACUGCAAAAAAAAGGUUAAAAAACAAAAAAGGUAUAUUACCUCAAACCUCAGGUAUAUUAGCAAUCGACUCUUUCCAGAAAUGCCGUCUACUAAAAGAAGGGCAAUCUCAGCCAAGGAAGUAUGGAAAAUUGUCAACGAAAGAAAUCGUCAAGGUAUUAAACAGUAUAAGUAUACGUUAA